AAAAAAUGAGGAAACUUCAAUCUCUGUCUUGAAGCCUCCGAGAAAUCUAGAGAGAGAAAAUCCAGAGAGAAGGAUCCAUGGCUUCUUCUCAUCAACGACUACAAACCUAUUAACAGAUAUGGGAUUUGAAGCCAAUCUGGGAAUUCUUAGCCCCAUUUCAUGAGCACUUGAUUUCCAUUUCAAAUUGGAAUUGGGUUUUGGUUUUGAGGAAUGUGGUUUCUUUGGCAUUCGGACUGAGUGGCUGUGGAGAGCAAGGAUUUGUGUGCAAACAUGGCUGAAGCUGCGGCAAUAAUGGAUGCGACUGGGUCUAGGUUUAGUUCAUUGGAGUUGAUCGGAAGAGGUUCAUUUGGUGACGUCUAUAAAGGGUUUGAUAAAGAGCUUAACAAAGAUGUUGCUAUUAAAGUAAUUGAUUUGGAAGAAGCAGAAGAUGAAAUUGAGGACAUUCAGAAGGAAAUCUCAGUUUUAUCACAAUGUCGAUCUCCAUAUAUUACCGAGUACUAUGGUUCUUAUCUGCACCAAACCAAACUAUGGAUAAUAAUGGAAUACAUGGCUGGCGGUUCUGUUGCUGACCUAAUCCAAUCUGGUCAACCACUGGAUGAAAUGUCUAUAGCUUGCAUUUUACGUGAUCUACUCCAUGCAAUUGAGUAUCUCCAUAAUGAAGGAAAAAUUCACAGAGAUAUCAAAGCGGCAAACAUUUUGUUGACUGAGAAUGGCGAUGUUAAGGUUGCAGAUUUUGGCGUUUCUGCACAAUUAACAAGGACAAUCUCAAGGAGGAAGACAUUUGUAGGAACACCAUUCUGGAUGGCUCCAGAGGUAAUUCAGAAUUCAGAAGGAUAUAAUGAAAAGGCGGAUAUUUGGUCUCUGGGAAUAACUGCAAUUGAGAUGGCAAAAGGGGAGCCUCCACUUGCAGAUCUCCAUCCAAUGAGAGUGCUUUUUAUAAUACCUCGAGAAAAUCCGCCUCAGCUGGAUGAGCAUUUUUCUCGCCCCAUGAAGGAAUUUGUUUCAUUGUGUUUAAAGAAGGUUCCUGCUGAGAGGCCAAGUGCCAAGGAACUUCUAAAGCACCGCUUUAUUAGGAAUGCAAGGAAAAGUCCAAGGCUUUUGGAGAGAAUAAGAGAGCGCCCAAAAUACCAAAUAAAGGACGAUGCAGAAACCCCCAGGAAUGGUCCUAAAGCUAUUGGGGAAGGAUCUGACACUGUGAAGGUGACAAGAGAUUCAAGGGGUGAGGAAACUGUUCGAGCCAGUAGUCAGGGAAAAACCCUGAGAAAUGCUGGAUGGGAUUUCAGCCUUGGUGGCUCACAGAGUACAGGAACCGUUCGAAGUGUCAUAAGACCACCUCAGGCUAGAGAAAGGAAACCAGAGGUUUCAUAUCAGGCUCCCUCAAGAAAAACUGCAGACAGUAACAACCAUCUAUUGUUUGCAUCUGGAAGUGGACGUUAUGAAUCAUCAGAAAUUUUUCUUGGAAAAGAGGCUAGGGAUGCUUACUACGAUGAACAAGACAAUUCCCAUGAAGAUGACGAAUUGUCUGUGAGUGGAUCAGGAACUGUUGUUGUACGAUCUCCAAGAGGAUAUCAGUCAUCUAUUCCUUUUAGUGAUCAAAGUAGUCUGUCUAGCAAUACAUAUGCUUCUCUUGAAGAUGCUUCUACCAGUGGCACUGUUGUUAUUCGUAGUCAUCAUGAUGAUUCUGAUUCUCCUCGAACGCCAAAGUCCAGAUUGGGAAUCCAAGAAAGGACAUCAACUGCCCCACCUGAAGAUAGUGCAAUAAACCUUGCUGAGGCAAAGGCUGCUAUGCAAGGAGGCUUGAGGAAAGGAAAUGCUCGGGAGAGGUCUGUAUUGGGCAAGGUCAACAAAGAUGAGCAGGAAAAAAGAAAAACAGAGCAAAUAACAAGCAGCUCUGAUUCUUCCAGACAUUCUCGUGAGUACUAUGAUGCACCAAAAGCAUUUGCAAGGUCGCGCCAAUCAAGUGAUGAUGAUGAAAGUGCAAGAGCUGCUGUAUUGUCAUCAUCUAAGGCAUUAUCAAUUUUGUUCAUUCCUUCAUUAAAAGAGGCCGGCCUUGAUGAUUCAAAAGGGGCAAUUGGUCAUGCAGUGGCAAAUGCACUCAUAAAUAUGGAGCGCACAAAGCCUGGGUCCUGUGAAGUUCUUGUCAGCAAGUUACUUCAACACUUGGCUAGUUCAAAGGAAUCUUCAUUGAAAGACCUUCAGGAGCUGGCAACUCGCGUCUUCACCAAGGGCAAGACAGCUCCUGAAGAAGCAGAAAAUGCAAAUGCAGAAGCCGAUAACAGGAAAAGACAACAGAACAAGGAACUUAACUCGAAUCCCAAUCUAAGCCCACUUGCAAGGUUCCUCCUCUCAAGAUGGCAAGGCCAAGUUUCAAGGGAUCUGAGCCCAGCUUAAAGACGAUGCCGGAAAAGGAUUUGUUACACCUUCCCUUUAUAGUGUGUUUUCUGUUUAUGCAUUUGUUUUUGAUUCAAUGUACAUAACAUUAUAAGCAACAUGUAUUUUUUCACCCUUCUGAUCCUGACAUUACUAUUUUUUCCCCUUACAUUUUUUGUUUGUAGCAGCUGCAGCAUUGCUGUAUGAUUAGCAGGUUGCUUUUAUUAUGGUAAAAAUGUAAUAUUAAUAACCCUAAUUGUAUUUAUUAAUAAGUAUCAUCUCACCAGAAUUUUGCUGGUAUAAUGCCUAGAGUUAGAUUUUUUCA